GUUUCGUUAUCCUUACUCCCAGCUCUGUGCCGGUUUUUAAACGCAACUUCUUAAACAUGAGAACUCCACCGACACAUUUGUUAAGCUUUAACGAGCAAAUUUACAAUUUUGAGAUAUGUUCAACGGAUUUUGCAUCAAGUCUCAUUUGUAUUGCCUCCGAUAAGAAGCUUAUUUUGGGUUUAGCAAGAUUUCCGGAAGAAUCUGAAAAUGAUACCUUUGAAUGGGAACGCCUGAAGGAUAUAUACAAUGAAAGUCGUUGCCAUUCCCUUGCAUUUCAUCCCGAAACUUCAUUGAUGUCUGUCCCAAAGACCGUGACAUUUUGUUCGGCUGGUGCUGAUUUCAUUUUGCGUAUAUUUCGUACCGACUUACAAAACGCUGACACUGUACAGGCUUUGAAGGCCCAUACGAAUUAUGUCAAUGACAUUGCCUGGGAUACGGAGGGUGAAUUUUUGGCCUCGGUUAGUGAUGAUCACUCGUGUAAAAUAUGGUCCUCAGAAUCACAUUAUGAAAAUGUCAUAACAUUUUGUUUGUCCUCUGCCGGGAUGUCGGUCAAAUGGCAUCCGGAGGAGCCGCAUAAAGUUUUGGUGGCCGAAAAGAAGGGUGUUGUCCAUCUGUAUAAUGUCCGAUCACAACAGGCCAUAAUAUCAUUGGAGGCACCACGAGGCCCCCUAAUGUCGGCCGAUUGGUCUUUGAAUAAUUGCCAUUUCAUAACAGCCCUGGCCUAUGGUGAUGUUGUUACAUGGGAUUUGUUGCACAAACCAUGUUCACCUUCGGAUGUCAAACAGGUCCAUGAAGAUGGCGGUAGAUGUGUACGAUUUGCUCCCAACACUGAAAUGGUUACGGCAAGCAUAGGAAGACCCGAUAUUACUUUGAAGGUGUUUACAGCCAAGUCACCGGUACCUUUGGUGGAAGCGGGCCUGAAAUUGUACGCCGGCCUCUGCUGGCAUCAUCGUCUGCCGUAUGUGGCAGCAGCAUAUGAUCGUAAGCUGGGUUUUUGGAAAGUCCAGUUUAAAUAAGAGAUUGGGUAAAAGUUGUACGUGUUUUAUUGAAUACAUAAAUUAUUUUCUUUUUUUAUAAAAUUACAAAACACUCGGA